AUAGCCGCCUAUAUAUGAUUCAGUUCACCGAGUGUUUAAUUUCAAUCGCCGACCCAAACGUCGUCGUACAUGAACCGCAUCGAAGGUUUCUUGAAGACGUUUCUGCUGGAAAAUCACAAGCAUGAUCUUGAGGCUAUUCUGGCAUCUGACGAUGACAGGCGACAUUAUUGCCUACGAGUCAACGGUACUACACUCUUUGAUGCCAGUGUGGAGUUCGGGGAAUCUCUCCUGUACAACCCACUGAAAACCCUUGAUUCCAUGAACACAUCCGUGGCUUUGGCAUUGAGAGAUGCUCUGGAUGAUUGCUCCGUUGGAGACAAAUACAAUUUGAAAGAGAAAGUCCAUCUUCGACUUGUAAAUCUCCCUCAGUUCAUUCAAACAGCCACACUACCCAAAUGCAAGCAAGUUUCAAGAUUUCAGGCCAUAACUGGAACAGUUUUGAGAAUAAAAGGAAUGAAGGUAUUGGAACAUUCGAGGGACUACCUGUGUGCUACGUGUGGCUACUCUUUCACCAUCAGAGCUGACUUGGUCAUGUUCUGCAUGCUGACCAAGCCUACCACAUGUCCAAAUCCAAUUGGUUGUCGUGGCUCCAAGUUUAUGCCUUCCUCAAAAGAAACAGACUUGUCCAAGUGCAGUGACUACCAGGAAGUACUGAUUCAGGAGAAAGCCAACAACCUUGUUCUUCGCAAUGUUCCUGGAAGCAUGUGGGUUGUCCUUGAAGAUGACUUGGUUGGAUGCUGCAAGCCUGGACAGGAAGUGGUGGUCAGUGGCAUUCUCUCUGCACGCCAGCACAAGUUCAUCCGUGGGCAGCGCCCUGAUGUCAACUUUGUCUUUCAUGCGCACAAUGUGGAAGUUGCCGAGGAACAGUACGCUUCACAGGACGUCACUGCAGAAGUGAAGAAAGAGUUCAAAGAAUUCUGGGAUGAGCACAGGGAUUGUCCGCUCAUUGGAAGAGACCUCAUCCUAGCCAGUGUAUGUCCUCAAGUGUAUGGCCUGUACCUUGUCAAGCUGGCUGUGGCACUGGUUCUCGCUGGAGGUGUUCGUCAUUGUGAUACAAGUGGCACUCGAAUUCGUGGCGAAUCCCAUUUGCUCCUUGUCGGAGAUCCAGGAACAGCCAAGUCUCAGUUUCUAAAAUAUGCAGCCAAAAUGAGUGCUCGUUCGGUCUUGACAACAGGGAUUGGCAGCACUAGUGCCGGCCUUACUGCAGCUGCAAUCAAGGAUGGUGGGGAAUGGCAGCUGGAGGCUGGAGCUUUGGUUCUGGCAGAUGGAGGUAUCUGUUGCAUCGAUGAGUUCAACAGUAUUCGAGAGCAUGACCGUGGCAGCAUUCAUGAGGCCAUGGAGCAGCAGACAAUCAGUGUGGCGAAGGCAGGCUUGGUGACCAAGCUGAGUACAAGAUGUUCUGUGCUGGCAGCCACAAAUCCAAAGGGCUCGUGCUCAGCAGAUGGGGAGCUGGAUGUGAACACUGGCAUUGCCAGUCCUUUGCUUAGUCGAUUUGACUUAGUUCUUGUCUUGAAGGAUUCUCAUAAUCAAGACUGGGAUCGACUGGUCUCCAAAUUUAUUCUCCGAGGACAAAACCCACUUGAAGAACGGGAGGACACUGGAUAUUGGUCCAUAAGCCGAAUGCGCUCCUACUUUUUGACAAUCAAAACUCUCACUCCCAGGUUGACUGAAGAUGCUCAAAGAGUUCUGCAGGAGUACUACAGAUGUCAGAGGAGUGUAGCUCAGCGUGAUGCUGCCAGGACAACACUGCGACUUUUGGAGAGUUUAGUUCGACUGUCACAGGGUCAUGCAAGGCUCAUGUUUCGAGAGGAAGUUGGUGUCCAAGAUGCAGUGGUCGCUGUGGCACUUAUGGAAGUGUCCAUGCAAAGUUCAGCUCUUGUGGAAAAUGUUGAUGCAUUGCACACUGGAUUUGCAACAGACCCGGAGAAGGAGUAUCGAAAUCAAGCAAAAGUUAUUCUGACCCGUCUUGGCCUUCUUGACAUCCUUGACGAGGAACUAAGGCACUGCAGUAGGAAGAGUUACCCAUUCCACAGGAGCAGUGAUCACUCCCAAUUAUCACUACAAGACAGGAGCUGCAAUGAGCACAUACGCGCUGCCGAAAAACUGAACCUGUCUUCUAAUGACGAUUUUCAAGAUCAGUGUGUUAACACGGCUGGUCGUAUCAGUGACACAUCACAGAAGAGUAACACAGGGCAGCUGAAGUCGCAUCAUGAUGAAGCAACUAAGAGGGCUCGGAAUCUUGGCAUAUCUAGAAUGGCUGCAUGUGCAGAAUCCCACAAUAGCCGAAAAGGAUCAAAAAGUGCAAAAGAAAAGCAUCAAAGCGGCUCAAAGAAAGCACGGCACAGUGUAGUUAGUUCAGAUGAAGAUCGGUUGGAAGGUCUUAACAGUGAAUGUAGCACUAGUCUCCACAAUUCACUUCAUGAACAUUGUAUUGCACUGAAAACGAAGAGGCGCACUUCGGAGGCACAUCAGGCUGAGGAAGCAUCAGAGGAGGGUGUGCCAUUUGCAAGAAAUACAAGUGAUGUCUCCCCCAAAUCUGAUGUUCAUCAAAGUGUUGACAUUGCAAAGCUACUUAAAACUUUUGUUCGGAAGCCAAAAAAUCAGGCCUCAGCACAUGAGAGGAGGCCUUUCUUGGGGGCGAACUCUCAUGCUGAAGAUAACUUGCACAGAGCGGUACAUUCCUCAGAGCAAGUGGCAGAGCAUCCUGCGACAUCAUCAGGGGACUCAAGUGAAGGUGAUAAAUUGACACCCAGCCAUGAAAAUCGCAUUCAGCCUUCCCAGCAAAGUGUCACUGACUGCACACUACAAAAUACCUCAGGUGAUGUCAGUGUUUUGAAGGAGCAAGAUUGUGCCUCAUCAGAGAAAGCAUCAAAGCAGAGACCAACUACUUCGUUCAGUAGUGCACAAGAAAAGUUGAAAAGGUUUGCGCUGGUGAAGACAUGUCAGACAUCGCCACAUAGCACCACUUUGAAAGCUGUGGCAAAUGGGACUGUAUUAAUAAGUAGCUCUUCAACAAACACCACAAGUCCAUCUGAAAAUGCAAGCAGUUGUGUCUACAACACACUGUCAUUUCUUAACCAAAGUAAACCGUCAAUGCAGGAAGUCACCGCAACACACACUUUAGGAAUUGUCAAUGAUGAUGAACUUGGCCUGAAUGAUGAUGACUGGAUGUUUGACCGUGUACCUUGUGACAAACGUCGGCGGACAAAUAAUUAGUAGCCAUUUCAGUUGGCUGAUGGAUAACAUAGUAAAUUGAUGUGGUGUUUUGUGUGUAAGCUGCAGAAACAUGCGUGUGAGGUGCUUCGCCAUGUUUCAGGUAUAGGUUCCUGUCUUCUGAUACUUCUGUACAAGUUGUCAUGGCCGACAUGACUGAAUGUAAGUGAGUAACACAUCUGUAUAAGUUACAUUUCAAAACGUUAGUGAACAUGAGCAUUACUCCUGCAUAACAUACACAGUGUGGUAUGUUAGACUUGUGCAAGCGUAAUGUAUCUGCUCUUGUCUUUCAUGUGGCACAUUGUUCUCACUGUAUUUUGUUCAAUGUCAAUCAUCUUCUUUGAAUUACUUAAGAGGGUACACCACCCAAGUGACAGCAGACUCAGGAGAGAUGAAUUACCUUUGCAUUCAAUGGCACAUGACUUAUAGGUAAUUCAAGUUAAUAAGGGUUUCAGAUCCAAUGUCAUCAAUAAAUUCUACUUAAUAGAGGUAAGAGUAAGAGGCUUGUUUUUACGAUUGAUUUCAACAGCUUGCUUAAUGCUAAAGUUGCUUUUGCAUAUGAAGGACAUUCUGCUUUCUGCAGCAUAAAUUGUCACAUGAGAAUGUUUCUUGAAUACUCUCAUUCUAAUACUUAAAUGCUCCCAUUUAAGCCUCUUUGUUUACAUUUUGCUUGUUUUAUGUGAGCAUAACUUAUUCUUGUGUGUGUUGUGUACCUAGCUAGCAGAGGGUCAUGAGUAUCAGUGUAUAAGCAGUGACACCUAUUUAUGUAUAUAAACCCGAGCUGCAUUGGGCUGUGUGUCUUAUCGUAUUCAUAUUGGUAUGCAAGCCACUGCCGAAUAAAUGUGUCUUCUGCCUGGUGUA